AUGUUUAGAAAUAACACACCAGUCAUGAAUGAGACUGCACCUGGGAUUAUGGAGGGAAUGGAUCGACAGAUCGAGCAGGCUUUCUGUAACCAGGGCACCAUGUCGUCUGGCUCGGUUGGGAUGUCGGAUCUGUCUGAUGAGAUCUUGUUGUGUAUCCUCCACCAUGUUCCAGUGUGUGACCUGCUGACUAAUGUGGCAAAUGUCUGCCAAAAGUUACACACACUUUGCUACGACAAGACACUGCUCACAAACGUCAGAUUUUCUGAAGAAUAUAGGGCUGACGAUCAGUUGGUCUGUCGCACUUUAAAGCUGCUAGCCAACCACGUACAAUCCCUCAGCCUCAACAGCUGCUACUGGCUGUCAGCCUCCACCUUAGACAAACUGGCACGAUGCAGAGGAGUAACACAUCUGGAUGUAACCGGCUGCCGCCUCACCUCCCUUUGCCUGUCGCGUCUCUUAUCCUCUUUGUCUUUGCUCAGAUCGCUGGCGUUUGAUGUUAGGCCCUGUUUCAACUCCGCACUGCUCAGCUCGGAAGCCGUUGAUUCACUGAGCCGCCUCACGGAGCUGAGACAGACUCUGUUUACACCGAGCUAUGGCGUGGUGCCUUGCUGUGCCCAACUUCGCAAGCUGAUGCUGCAGUUUGACAUUCCAGAUGUGACCAGAGAGGGCAUCGGUGUUUGCUGUCAGCUGAUGGUCGGUCAGAGCAGCGUGCCACAUUACGAACAGCUGGAGGAGUUCACGGCCAGACUAGCCCCAGGAGAGGUCAACCAGACGCUGCUCCUUCUCUACCUUGCCGUGUUUAGCGUUCACAUUCCAAAGCACCUCAGAGUUUUCCUAGUUUCAAUUCCUGGUCCCAAUCCGGCUCACUGGCCUGCUGCUCCCUCACUGGCUCAAAGUCUUGGUCGGCGUGGAGACCUGCUGGCGCUGCAGCUGCCACGCACCUGGCUGGAUCCACUGUCCCUAAAGCGAGCUCUGGAGGGAAACAGCCCCAAGCACCUGAGCUUCAGCCGCUGCCCUGCGUUGUGGCCGCAGAUCUUCCAGUCGCUGCUUGGCGGUGGAGUCAGAGACGCUGCUCAGCUCGUCAGCCUCAACCUCAGCGGGAUCAACCAUGUUCCGUACUCGGAGUGCAGGAGUGUGGAGGAUCAGCUGGUUGCUGAGACAAUGGGCCAGGUGGCUGCAACCUGCUGUAACGUUAAACACCUGAACCUUAUGCACACGCAUUAUCAUCACGAGUACUCACCUGGGCUGGACGGACAAACACACUUGGGUGCCAGCCUGGGCAGAUUCAAACACCUGCGGUCUCUGACCUUGCCGGCCUGCGCUUUGUCAGACGGUGUAAAUACAAAUCACACCUCAGCGCGUGGCUCAACUCCCUCACUGCUGUUCCAGGGACUGAAGAAGGCCCCGCGUGUGGGUCUCCAGAAUUACAGACCUGAUAUGGAGUCUUCGUUGGCCGGGGACAGCACUUCUGGGCUGGUUUUGCUCACAGCUGGCUGUCGCUUUUUAGAAACCUUUGAGCUCAUCGGUCCAGGUUUUGCAUCGGCGCUGCCUCGGCUUGAGCCAUGCACCCGUGCCAGCGUGGAGCCUCGUGGGAUGUGCGCUUGGGCGCGAGGAGUUGGAGAUGUGCACCUGGCAGCGCUUGAAGCUUUACCUCGGCUGCAUCGCUUGACUCUGGCCGGACUCCCUGGAGUCCUCAAAGGAACUGGACUGGUACAGCUGACUAGGAAGUGCAGAGACCUGCGGGUGUUGUCCUUAGCCAACUUGGGAUCUCUGAAAACCAUGAACUACACAGCCUCCUUGCUGGAGACACUUACACAGUGCACACAGCUGCAGGAACUCAGGUUAGAGCAGCCAUACCUAAAUGCCAAUGCGUCUUUCUUUGAGGCCUUGUCCAGCUGCCAUCGCCUGCAGCGGCUCUGUCUCAUCUCCCGUAGCGGCACCUUUGACUCUCUGGCCACAGAGACGUUCAUGGAGCGGUGCCGCCAUGUUGUAAUGUGCCACAUGUUCAUGGGCGGCACCCUGGCCGCCUGUCGGACACUGCAGAAGUCCCUGCUGGACAGAUUUUCAGCUGAGCGUCCAGCACUCAGUGUGGUCAUCUACCCGCUACAACACGAGGACCUGCCCUCCGUCAUCAGGGGCAUCUCACUGACGCUGCUGGAUCGGAUAACUUUGUUCCAGAGCCAUGUGGCGCAGCCUCCACAUUUAUCACCCAUAUGACAUCACCAGUGAUCUGUAACGUAAUUGCUGUUGCUGAAAAUAAAAUUUAGUGAAAUACUGUCUGUCAAGCUUCUGAUUGGGUAACAGCAGCAGUGU